UCAGUUUUGUUUUUCUGCUCGUUGAGAUAAGUUCGCUAGUGCGUUCGAAUUGCGCACGUCAGAGCAAUCUAACAAAUUAUUCAGACAAAACGCGAAUAAAAAUAUAUAAGAAUUUACAAUAUUAUUAGUUGUAAACAAUAAAACACUGAACACACAAUAAGAAACAAACAAUUCUAGUGCAAAAGCAAAACAGAAGCAAUUGCUUUUGGAGUCUCACAAUUGAGUGCUUAACUCGUCAGUUUUUGGUUUGAGUGAGUGCUUUUUUUCGUGACGAAUACAUAGAGUGAUAAUUAUUGACUUGGAGUGCAUAAUUAUAAUAAGCAAGACAUAACAUUUGUUUAUAUCAUAUUUCUAAACAAAUCGACUGCAAAAACAACAAAUUUCACUUUUAAAACGAAUGCUAAAAACGCAGAAGCAGAAGAAGACUGAGACUGCAACAACACUACAUACGUGAGCCCCACACAAGCAAACGUUUGCGCUCAGUUACGUACACAGAGACGAAGGCAACGCGUUUUGGAGACUAGCGUGUUGUGUGUGUAUUGGUGAGCUCGCCCCUCUUUGCGUUGGGCAACGACGUACGUACAGGCGAGCACAGAAAAACAAAGUUUUGGCGCGAAAACUUUGACAUUUCAUUUGGUCGUGCGAUUCGCAAACAAGUGGCCAAAGCGUAGGCAGCAAAACUGCGUCGCAUCGCAGUCCAAACAGAAAGAAAGAGGAAAAUAACACCAAACAAAAAAACCAGAAACAAACAACGACAACAUGGUCAGUGCACGCGUGCUUAAUCCAGUGCUGAGUGAAUUCUGCAAGAUGAGCGCAAGUCCAGGCGUGACUCGUAAUUUGCACUACGGCCGUCAAUUGGAGCGCAUCAAGCGGAAUCUCUUUGGCCCAGCGCCGACGAAUCUGAUGGAGACCAAAACCAGUCCCUUCAAUGCGGAACUGGAGCGUCAUCAGGAAAUGGCCACACAAAAGUGGGGCUUUGAUUUUCGCAGCGACCGUCCAUUGAGUGCGAAUGGCAGUUUCAUCUGGGAGCGUGUCAGCUCACAAGAGUCCACCUUUGCCCCCCAAAUGUACACACUAACCCGUGCCGCCCAUGUGCGCAGUGAUGCCAACGACUCCGCCAUGGCCAGUGACAUGGACACGCUGCUGAAUGAGCGUGCGGAUCGGGAGAACUUGGCCAACUCAUCGCUGGACUCGAACACGGAUAAUGAGUACGAUUCACAGAAUGAGUCGAUGCCAUUGGCAGCCUCCACAUCUGCAGCAGCCUUGACCGCCUCCACAUCUUCCUGCAACUACUCAACGCAGCAGCGCAAGCGACAGCUCAAAAUCACAGAGUUCAUGAAGGAGCGCAAGCGUCUGCCGCAGGCGCCAAAGAAAAUCUCACCCGCCAAACGUAUGCGCACCAGCUCCGGCUCCAGCUCCCACUCCCACUCCGCCAGCAGCAGCAGCAGGAGCAGCUCCAGCCUUGGAGCGCAAUUUGGUUGCCUGUUGAAGCGUUCGCGCAACGACAAUUGAUUGCUUGCAGCUGACCAAAAAAAGAAUAAGAGAAUAGAAUUAGUUGCAACUAACUAUUUAAUCAACUCACUUGCAAUUUGUAAUUUUAUUUUAUUUUUUAUGCCACUGCAAAAAAUUCGAUUUUUUUUACAUUCAAUUCGAUCUAGAAUUUUAAGUAAUUAUUUUAAAUUAAGUCAAAAAAUUUUUGUGCAGUGCAAGGGCGAAAGUUGCGAAUAUUAACAAAUAGUUUAAUACUAGUUACUACAAACCAGUACUAGUAAUAGAACAAAUUAGUUACUAAGUACAUAUUAAGUACGAGCUAAAUGAAACUUUUUAGAUUUCUCUAGUGAGAAAUGCCAUAAACUAAGUGAUUAGUUCUUAACACAACACAACAACUACACAAAAACCAAGAGACACAUUUUUUGAAAAAUCUUUAACCAUGAAAUUCAAAUAGCUGUACAUUUUGUAAAUUUUACUCUCAACUAUUUUGCUGUUGUGUGUAAAAUUUGUUAACAAACAAAACUUGACGUCACUCUGCUUAGUUCCCAAAACUCCUUAUAUGUAUUCACUUGUUUAUAUAUAUGUAGGAAAUAUAUUCUAAGCAGAGUUUCGUUGAAUUUUGUGCCACAGACCCUAAAACCAACAAUAAUAAGCUUUAUUCAAAUAGUUAAGCUUAUUGUUGUUGUUGCUUUUGUUGGCUGUGCUUUCACAAAUUUCCUUAUUUCGACCAGUGGAACAUCCUAUAAAUUAAGUAUUUACACUUUGUCAAUUUGUGCACUUUUGGAAAUAGAAUUCCUUUAUUUCCAAUGGUCCAUAAAUUGCCAAUUUCUUAACUCUCAACUGAAUUAAAAUUGCUCUUUGUGGUUUGCCAAAAUGUUUGGCAAAUAAUGAGAGCUAUUUUGCUUAACUAUCAUGUACAAAUGCUAUAACUAAUAAUAAUUAUAUAAUUCUAAAUAUUAUAUACGUAGGCAGAGCCUAUAUUAUUGAAUAACAUUUACACGAUCAUCCUAUUUGUAAGCCUAGCAUAGAACAAAAUCCAAAGUAUUCACUUAAUAUUUAUAUUUAAUUCAUACAUACUGUGUGCAUAAUUCUUCAACUCAUACUUAAAUAAACAAUAAACAAAAAAACACAUAUACAAACAC